AUGUACCCGGCUCUCAUUGAGGUGGAUCUCGUCGUGGUUCCUGCAGCUGACCGCAAGUAUGGCCGGCUGGAAAUCGAGGCCGUCGCCGGAGUACCGCAGCGCGCACAGCCUGCCGACCUUCUUUCUCCAAAGCUCCGCAAGAUUUGGGGCAAUGUGAUCAAGAGCUUGAGUGGCCGGACGCCUUUCUUGAAGCCCGAUGAUCCCCGUGUGCAGCGAAGGGCAAUCCUUGCGGAGCAGGAGGAGGAGCCUGACGAUGUACUGCAUAAUACGAAGGCCCUGAUUACCCUGGCGGAGGAGCUCGGAGCCACCGAGACUGUGUUCCCAGCUCUGGACGACGCUUUUGAGGACCUUGGUCACGAUCUUGGGGAAGCGGUGGCUGAGGGCCCGGUCCAGUGGCUGUGCAUCUCCAUGACUCUUCGGGACUCCUGGAUCUUCAAGGACGCAGCCUGCCAUGUGGUCGGCAAAUGGCACAAUCUGGAACCGGAGGUGAAGCUGUCUAUCCCCGAGGCCGCCCGCCGCGUCUGCCAGAGCUACAGUGACAAGCUCGUCCAGCGCUGUAAAGAUGUCGAGGAUUUCUUCAUGACUGUCGAGUUUGAGCCCCUGGAGAAUCCGGGCUCGUCUGACCUGCUGGGCCUGAGCCCGCAUAUGUGGGUGGCACUCACUCGGUUCCGAGAAUGGGUGUAUGUCAAUAUCAGUUUGGCAAACGGCUUCCAUGGCGAAGAUGGAGGCUACAAUUUCUAUCGUUACAUGUAUAACGAGGACGACGAAUACGACGAAGAUUGGGUCCCCUAUCUUAUGGACGAUGACUGCCCCCAGGAGGAUAUUGACGAGAUUCAUGGAUAUUUGCACAGGCUCAGGGAAUUCUGUCAGGAGGAGGUGGAGCCGCUCUUGAAGUCCAAUGUCAGCCAUUCGACUGGUCGAUACUUGACUUGCACCAAGAUCAAGGAUGAGGAUAUCCCCUGGUAUGAUGAUGAUGAUGACGAUGAUGAUGAUGAUGUAUGA